UACAAUUUAGAUAAAAUUCACAUCAACUGCAGCAGAAAUAGACUGGACGGCAAUUUAAAUUGAAUUUUGAAUUUGCUUUUGUGUUCGGAAUGUUAAUACGGUCCCAAAUAGAGUGCAUACAUUAGUGGUGCUGUGGAAGACAUUUAUAAGGCGUUUUGCGAGUGGUGUUUCAGCAAAGUGGCCGGGCCGCACUGUUCUUAGUUGUUUGUCAUCACGGCAUAGAUUUUCUUUUUGUUUUGCUUAGCAUCUACCGCGCACACUGCAAAUAUUCAAAACAAACACACAUUACUACCCGAUAAGGACAUAUAAUCUAAAUGGACCCCACAAUGGAUACCAGUUGCAUUACGAUUGAAUCUUUGGACGACAACACGCCAUUACCCGAACUCAGUUUCGAAGACUUUUUGGAGCCAACGCAAGACGAAACUGCCACACAGCACCACAUGGAAAUCGAUGCACUCGAUUCGGAUGAAGAUGGCGCCUCUGGAGAGGAGCACUCAAUCUCCAUAAAUGAGUCAUUGAACACGCCGCAGUUCAAAAGAUCCGUUGUCACGAUACUGGAGGACAAACGAUUGCGGACGCCCGGACCCGCUGUUUUGAAAUCGCACGCUAUCAAAGUGGUUACAGAGGGGGCGGGGGCAGUCGCUCCAGUCAAGCCACAAAUAACGGAUAUAAAGAUUCUAAAAAAUUUUAAGCCCGUUUCCAGCAAUACCAUAAAGAUUGGCAACACAACGGUCGCACCAACAUCGUCACCGGGUGAAACGGCCAAGGGAAUGCCAUUAAACAGCUUAACCAUGACACAGAUCAAGACGCCGGAUGGGAAAGUUCUCUACCUUCAAAGGUCCUUGUCAGCGGGAGCAGCUGCGAAGCAACCAGUUGUGACUGCUUCAACUCCUACCACGUCCAAGGCAGCAGUCACUGUGUCAUCAGGAGGAGCUGUACAUCAUCUAGUCGCCCCAGCGGGUCUUCAAAAAGCAAUCCUUUCCAAGGCCGUGAACGUCGGCAGCACUGGGCUGGUCAAGGCAGCCGUACCAGGGAAAGGAGGUACCUCUGGCACCACGCCCGUAACCAUUAAGGGAAUAACUCCACUGGCCGCAAAGGGUGUACCAUCUUCCGCCAGUUCACCCACAUCAACUCCGUCAGCCAAAUUUCAGGUGGUGCGGUCAUCUGAUGGCAAGAUAAUCAAGAUUAAGCAGGCCAGUUCGUCUAUGAUUAUAAAUUCCAAAGCAACCACGACCACGACACCUGGAGCUGGAAAUAAUGCAGCAGCAUCUGCCCUUAAAAUGUCUCUCACAGCUGGAAACAUGGGGCUCAGGAAGUCGAUUGGUCAAGUGGUUAUUAAGGCAGCUCCACCCAAACAAGCGCAACGCGAUGUAAGCAACACUUCCACGUUGAAUACGACCACCACCGGCACAAGCGGCUCAUCGGCGCCGUCUGGAAAGAUGCUAGUGCAGAGUACAGGCAAACAAAUUGUGGUGUCCAGCAAGAACAUCAUAAAGCUGUCACCCAAGGCAGGGGCCACCAGUAGCAUAACAAACACAAGCGUCUCCCAAGGAAGCUCCCCUACGAAGGGAAUACAUGCUGUACAGAUUCCCGGCAAGGGCGGCGUCGUCCAAUAUGUUCGCGUCCUUCCCAAUACAAAGGAGGCGGCCAAUAGCAGCAGUACAUCUACAAGCGCCAAGACCAGUUCCACGUCGAAGGUAACCUUUGUGCGUUCCAUCAUGCCCGCGAAUGCAUCCACGAGCAGCCCAACUAACGCAUCAUCAGCAGCAACUAAAAGUCAAUCUGUGGGCAAUACAAACAAGAUUAUAAUGAAGACAACGGGUGGAAGCAUUGUUCCGCUUCCCUCUAUGCAAACGUUGGUUUCCAAGCGUGCGCUGGGCGCCACCAACACCAGAUCGCCUGGCAGCAAUAGCGGCAAUCAGGAAUCACCCCGAAAGCAUAGACUUACCGAUCUCAACAUCCAACACUUGUCAGCUGGGGACGAAGCCAGCGAUAGCAGCGAAGCUGGCCCAGAGACUAAGAAGCCACGUUUUGUAAUAUCAGUAGCGCAAUCCUCUCAGCAGCAGCCGCAGCACAAGCAGAUUGUGACACGUCCUUCGUCCAUACAGCGCGUCACGGUGCAGGGCGCCAACUCCAACAAAAUAGCUCCCAAUUCUGCAAAGAAAGUCUAUAAUUUGGUGCAGUCAGCCAAUGGAGUAAAGUACAUGAUUUGCAAUUCGGGUGUUCCCCAGUCAUCGACCAGUGCCAUGCGACGCGGAUACACCGGCUAUGUGGACAGCAAGACUCGUCGUCCCCUUUCCAUUGCACCAAUGCAACAUGCAACAAAUUUGCAAGCAUUGCAGGCCCAGGCAAAGCAGAGGAUACGACAGCAGCAGCUGCAAAAUCAACCAUCCGCGGUACAGCCAAAGGCGGCACAGGCCACAGGUCAGCCUACUCCAGGUAAUGCUAGUGACAAUGCCAAUCCUCAAAGCGCCAAGAUUUUGCCUGGGAAGCAGCUCUUCGAGAUACUAAAGUCUCCGCCAUCCGACACACAGCCUGCGGCUGACGCACUAGCGGGUAUGGCGUCGCGACGAAAGCAUUGUAACUGCAGCAAGUCGCAGUGUUUGAAGUUAUAUUGCGAUUGUUUUGCCAAUGGGGAGUUCUGCCAGGACUGCACCUGCAAGGACUGCUUCAAUAAUCUGGACUAUGAGGUCGAGCGAGAGCGAGCCAUACGCAGUUGCCUAGAGCGCAAUCCCAGCGCAUUCAAACCUAAGAUUACGGCGCCAAAUUCGGGUGACAUGCGGCUGCACAACAAGGGGUGCAACUGCAAACGGUCUGGCUGUCUGAAGAACUAUUGCGAGUGCUACGAGGCAAAGAUACCCUGCUCGAACAUGUGCAAAUGCGUGGGCUGCCGGAACAUGGAAGAUCGUCCAGAUAUGGACAUGGACUCUAUAGACAGUUUGGCGGAUGGCGAAGAAACGAACAAGGCUAGAGACGACAAACAGUCGCAGGAUGAUUCGGAUCGGUAUUUGACAGACGAUGUGGUGGAGGCGACCAUCAUGUGCAUGAUUUCUCGUAUUGUGAUGCACGAGAAGCAGAACACUUCUAUAGAGAAUACCGAGCGUGAGGUGAUGGAGGAGUUGGGCGAAAGCCUGAAUCAGAUUAUUACCUUUGGCAAGGAGAAAGGCGAUUCAAACGAGCUGGUAGACUCCAUGGAUUUAGUAUCUUGAUAUUUAAACGUAACGUGAAUUAGUUCGUAAGUUUAAAGCGUUCUUGACCUUUUCCCCUUUGUCGUGUACUCUUUUCAUGGGCUUUCUAAAAGUUGACCUUAAAGUAAUGUGUAAAGUUUCAAAUGUAUAUAAAUCAAUUCGAUCAUGCAUUAACACUUACAUUAGCUAAUAUCAGAUUUAAGAUAACAUGCACUUCGUAUUACCAUUGAGGGUUUUUAACGCGGUCUUUGAUAUAAAUGGCUUAUCAUUGUGAGAGAGCUCUUCCGCCACCUUGAUGUAAAUAUUUGUAACUAUAUAAAAUAAAUGUUUAGUUGGAAAAAUAA